AUGGCUGUUGCUGUGUUGAGUUCGCUUCUGGUUAUACAAAUUAAGACGAAAGGUGAUCCGAUUUAUGUCAGGAGGCCUGAGAUAGCUCCAUACCCUUUCCGACCUUCCGACCCAAAAAAACAACGCUGGUUAGAUCGAAAUACUAUUCUCAUGGGUUUUCCUGAAAUGCUUACCAAACUUCAUGACAUGAAAAGUGGAUUUCUUGUGAACGAUGAAAUCAAGAUUUUUGUGGAAGUAGAUGUUCUUAAAGUUAUUGGAAAGUCAGAUGUAUCAGAGGAAUCUCCAGAGGUAACACAAACUCUGAAAAGGAAAAAGCUAAGUGAUGGUCCCGUGUCUAUUCAUUUGAACAAGGAAACUUCAUCAUUAAACGAAUGUGUUGAUGUCAAUGGGUUUCAAGUUCUUCCUUCACAGGUGCAAUCUGUGAAACGUUUAUUUGAAAGACACCUAGACAUGGCAUUAGAGUUUCGAGCAAAGAGCCAACAUCUGAACACAUCAUGCAUGAAUGUCCUCCUCAACCUAAUCAAGACUCUGUGCCAGUCACUGCAAGACCUCUCCUUUGAUGAUCUGUGCCAAGCAGAAAAAGCAUUGACAAACCUAAAAUGUUCAGGCUUCAAGGUGGAUUGGUUGGAGCUUAAACUAGAGGAAUUAGAGGAAAUGAAGAGCAGAAAAAGAAUUAGAGGAAGAGCUAAAGGUUUUUAA